AUGAUUCGUUCUGCAGAUGGCUUUUCUUGCGCAUGCGACGACCAUAGCGUUCCAAGCGGACCAGCAAAAUGCAGGGCUUGCAAUGCAACUGAACUAGUUUCCUCCGACGGCUCCACCUGUAUUCCUAGAAAAUGUCAAAAUACUUCUGGAAGAUUCGUUUGCAGGAAAUGUCCUAGUGAUUAUAUCACUGUAACGCAAAACCUCGAUGGAUCGCCAAUGAAAGAGGUUCUAUGCGUGAAGUGUUCCCGAGGGUACAAGGCACAGAACAACAGAUGUGUGCGUUGUGAUUCCUGCACGUGUAACAAGAAUGAAAUCGUCGUUAAAAAUGUGUGCGUGACGAAGAAAUACUUGGCUGAGAGACCUAAGUAUGAGGAGACGAGAUUACAUCCAUCAACGGUUCUGGAAUUCGUCAAAUUUGAAUAUCUUUGUAUGCAAAAUGACAUGGUUGCCUGCAGAACGCUGGCGAGCCAAUGUGUACGGAACCUUUACACCACAGACCAGGCCGGGCCCUGCCGGUUGUGGAUCCAGCCCAAACUUCAACUUCCGAAAGGCGAGUUCCUAGCUUUAUACACACGGUUACCACCCCUUACAAUAGAGACUUUGACUAACAAAAACCUAGGAGAGUUUUAUCUCUCACGAGGAAAAGAAAAUAUUAUAAUAGCUAUAGCAGCGUAUACAGCUACAGGAGGUUUCAAGUUGGAAGACAAUACCGACAAUAAAAUAUUCUCAUGUUUUUCUCCAACUGAAAUUCGAAUAGGAAGUGAUAUCUCAAACAAGUGCACUUUAAACAUUUCCAAUUUAUCUAUCUUUGAGAGUGACAGCACAUUUGGGCUAUUUCUGUCUUUAGAUGGGGAACUAAAGCCAAUACCGAUUUCUGUACGAAAACCAAACGGAUAUUACGUAAAGGGAGACACGUGGACUACUAGUAAAUUCAGGCGAUAUUUUCUGUUAGAAAACUCCUUAUCUACAACAGCUAAUGUAACAACUACCAUUUAUUUGCGGACACUAAUAAUAAGGAUAAAGAUACAAAGAGACAAAAGCUCGCUACGGGGUCAAGUUUCGGCGGAGGUCCAGUACGCAACUAAAUCCUUGUCUGAUACGGUAACCGCUUUCCUUCAGGUCGGGCAUGAGUUACCUACAGCUGGCAUUAUAAGGGGAUUGGAGAUUUGGGGUGGAAUCUUAGGCGUUUUCACAACUCUGUACGCAUUGGUCCAAUGGCGUGGUACCGUACGCAGAGGCGGCUAUCUUUUCUCAUUGGCGCCUUUAUUAGCGGAAUCGCUCGCCGAUACACUGUAUUUUGCGAUAUGGUUCUCAACCCUGCACGCUUUGGCAGCAGAGGCUGGCACUUUAGGCCUGACCUUGCCAUUGUCAGAAUAUGAAGAACAUAUCAUCAAAUCCUUUAUAUUUUCUGCAGUAGCUUUGAAGCUUCUUAAAGUAACAUGGAUAAAUUGGAGUCAAUGUCGAUGCGAUCUGUUUUUGUUAGAUUGGUCGGAAUAUGUCUCCCCUUUUGGCAAAGAUGGUGUGCAAAAUGAUAAAUCCAACUUAUGGAAAUCAGUGACUUUAGCCAGAGAGUGGAGCAACUUACAAACCCAGAGACGAGCACACCCUGGUUAUACUGUCACUUUGGCAUUGGCUAUAUUAUACGCUUUCCUCCCACAAAGCCUGGGCUACAAAUGGGCUACAGCUACCGUAGCGUGGUGGGUAGCAUACGUAGCCAAUCACUUGGCUAUGUAUGUGGCCGACAAGAUGGUCGGGUCGCCGGUCAAAACGCUGCCUCAAGUGUGCUCAGGGUUGGGAGUGUCUCUGUUGGUCUUCCAAGAGGAAUUUUAUGCUCAUUAUGUUCAUGGCAGGAAUGACGAAUCUAAAGAGAUGAAAUCUAUGGCUGGGCCGCUGCCCACGUGUCGGGUAGUCGUUGCAACACAACUAAGGGCAGUUUACAAGCAGUUAGCUGGCCCAGAAGCAGCAAUAGCGCUUGGCGCAAAUGAAUCAACGAAGACCCUUCUGACGCAAUUUUUGGCGGCAUUUUUUGAAAGAGCUCUUGACGGCUUGAACUGGGUGGCCAACGAGCGGACAGUGCUGGAGAGACUUCUGGAUGUGGAGCUGACAGCGAGGGAGUCAGGGUCCACCAGCUGCCUGCUGCAUGACCCUGAUUAUGGCACGCCCUCAUGCUUUGCAGUAACUUGGUGGGGUGAAGAAUGGGCUCUCGGUACGUUUGACGCUAUCUUGUUCGGAACCAUCAUCAUCGCCACUGAUAAUCAAUUGAUUGCAGCUUUGGUGACCCUGGCAGUAUGGCAGAUAUUUCGACAUCUAAGGACCGUUUUUGGCAAUAGAAAUAUUCGACACAAGACUGGAAUUGAAAUCCCAUUAUUUUCAUAGAGUUUACUUCUUACUUAGUGUAAAAAUAUUGAAAUAAAUUAAUGCCAUAAAUUUACU